AUGGUCAAGCGAAGUUUUGCCGAUGACUAUGGCGAGGGUGCACAUCCCAGGAUCCUAGAGGCCCUCGCCAGAACCAACCUCUCCCAACAGCCCGGGUAUGGCAAUGAUGAAUUUUGUGACAAGGCGAGAACACUCAUCCGAGAGAGUAUUGGUGUUGACGAUGCCUCAGUCUUCUUCGUCACGGGAGGGACCCCGGCCAACUUGAUCUCGAUUGCGUCUUGUCUCCGGCCACAUGAAGCCGUCAUUGCAGCGACCUCGGGCCACAUUUCAAGCAAAGAGGCGGGAGCCAUUGAAGCGACAGGCCACAAAGUCAUCCUCGCUCCCGCGACAAAUGGCAAGCUGACGCCAAAGUCGAUUCAAGUGGCAGUCGAUCAAAACUCCAUGUUCCCUCACAACGUCAAGCCGCGAAUGGUAUACAUUUCAAAUGCGACUGAAACGGGCACAAUAUACACUAAACAGGAGCUGGAAGUCCUCGCCGACCUUUGCAAGUCCCUUCGCCUCAUUCUCUUCAUGGACGGUGCUCGCCUUGCAGCUGCUUUGACGUCUUCAGCGAACGACAUGUCCUUGCGUGACAUUUACGAUCUCACCGACAUGUUCUGGAUUGGCGGCACGAAAGUCGGUGCACUACUAGGCGAGGCGGUUGUCGUCAAGGAUAAGAAUAUUGCUGCGGAGUUUCCUUACCAUAUGAAACAGCAUGGAUCGUUACUAGCCAAAGGCCGGGUUCUAGGCAUCCAGUUCACCGAGCUCUUUCGCGAUGGUUUGAUUUUUGACCUUGCGAGGCAUGCCAACAACAUGGCUGCUGUGAUGUCUUCCCACUUUGUCAAGGCUGGUGUCAAGUUACAGGCGACGACCGAGACCAAUCAAGUCUUUCCUAUUCUACCCAAAACAGUUGUCGAUGCCCUGCAGAAAGAUUUUGUCUUCUAUAUCUGGGAACAACUUCCAGACGACAAGGUUGUCAUACGACUCUUGACCUCAUGGGCCACAAACCUAGAACAUGUGGAGGAGCUGAAUGCUUGCGUCAGUCAGCUAGCGGGUUCAACAAGGAAACGGCGUCGCACCAUGACUAAGCAGGGACACGACGACGGUUCUCAGGGAACAGUAGACAUUUUCGAGGAAGAAAACCUCGCUAGAAAAAGUCGUUAG